AUGUCCACCGGGAAGCGCUACAACAAUGCCAACCUCAACAGCCUCUUCGAGAGGCCCUCGGAGAAGCCGUCGGGCUCGGGCGCCACCAGCGGCGUCAUGCGGUCGGGCAUGCUCAUCCUGCAGGGCCACCGCAGCCAGCGCACGAGAUUCGGGUCCGGCCCGGCGGGAGGCAAGCUGGCGAUCCCCAAGCCCGUCAAUCUGCCAUCGCUGAGGAAGGAGCACUCCGGGAACGAUCCCAACACGCAGCUGGUGCCGCCCUCGGGCGGCGGCGGAGGCGGCUGGCACAAGCCCCCGGAGGAGCACCAUGCCUCCGGGGGCCCGGAAGCCAGCGAGGGGCCGUACAGGCCGGGCGGCGGGGCGUGGCACACUGGAGGGGGAGCGGGGGCCCCGCCCGCCCCGGCCCGCCCACCCCCCCGACCGGUGCCUCGAUCCAAGACGCAGGUGCUGGGGGAAGAGGAGUAUCCCACGCUGGAGGCCGCCUCCCACCUGAAGCAGCCGGUGAAGGCCAAGAAGGGCGACAGGCCUAGCCAGGGGGCGGGCAUGGAGCUGAGGAAGACGCAGAGUGAGAACCUUGAGUGGAGUGAAGAUGAUCGGCGGGGCUACCAACAGACAGCACAGAGGGCCCAGAGACCUGGAUGGUUUGAAGACGAGCGCUAUGCACCAACAGAAUCCUAUGGUGGCUAUUCAUGGGACAACGACUACCGGAUGAGCGAGUACCAUGGCAGAAGCCAGUCACAUCCACAAGACAGCGGCCCUGUCUAUGGACCUGGCCCCGGUAUGUACCCACCUCCCCACAGAAUGGGGCCUCCCAGUCCCUACCCAGCUGGCACCGCCAUGCCACUCUAUCACAGCCCUCACAUGCAGGGCCCCUAUCCUGGGCCGCCCCCAUACAGUCAAGGCAUGCCAUACCCCGACUACAGACCAGACCAUGACUACAGAGGCAGCAUGUACAUGGACGCCUCACUGUUUCCGCCACCACCUCCACCGCCUCCACCUCCUGGUGGGCGCAGAGUUGAGGGCCCUGAAGGGGCAACUGGCCAUGGUGAGGUGACAGUGGCAAGGGACGUGGAAAGGGAGGAGUAUGAAGCUGAGCUCAGGCGCAGGGUGCAAGAGAUGGAGGCCAAGAGGAUGAUGGAGGCUGAACCGGCGGCAGGACCACAGCAUCAGGCUGGCGAUGGUAAUGUGAGGCUUGUGAAACACCUGGAAGAAGCAGAUUCAAAGCAGCAAAGGACACAAGAAACGUGCAACACGGCUGUAGUGGUGCCCAGCGAUGGCAUGACAGGUGACAGAACUACAGCUCCGCAGGCUCAUGAAAGGUCAGGUGACGACAGGGCUGAGAUGCAGCGUGCAGCUGAAGCUGCCAAACAGGCAGCUACGGCUGCUAUGUCAGACAUACCUGAAGAGGGGCAGCACAUGGGCCAACUUGCAAUUAGGCAUGAUGGCCCAACGGAGGGCAGGAACAUGGACUGGGAGGCACAGGUGGAGGACGAGGAGAAGGCGGCUGCUGCUGCUCGCGAGAGGGUGAGGCAUGACCUGUCCAUGAGGAUGCGCUACCAGACCCCAGUGCUGCUGAAGCAGCCGUCCCAUGCAAAUGCGGCUCGGGACGCACAGGUUCGAAAGGCACCUGAGGGCGACUUCGCAUCGCCGUCCAGGCCGAAUGCAGCAUGGGAUGCACAGGGCCAAAAGACCCCAGAGGGCAGCUCAGUUUCAUCGUCCAGACCGCAGCCCCCUCCACCACCACAUCUCAGGACGAAGCCAGUGGGCAGCCAGGUGCCGCAGGGUGUCCAGGGUCGUCCUGGUCCACCUCCCCAGCAGGCACAUCCAAAUGCCCAGGGUCAGCCACGGGGAGCAGUCCGCCAGCAUUCUGAUGGUGUGCCUGAGCCUCCAAGGCCGUUGGGCGCAAAUCAGGCGCUGGGUGGGGGGCCAAGCGAGGCAAGUGCCCGUGGACCUUGGGGUCAACGUCCGCCUUGCUCCGUUCAGGAGCAGAUGGACCUGAACAGUCGGCCGUCGUGGAAGGAUGGGAAGGCCACAGCGCAUGGGCAGAGCAAGGGACAGGUGUUGGAGCGGCACAGGAGUGCCGAUGAUGCAGAGAGCAGCCGGUCGCGGAGAGAAGGGCGGGAGGCAGGGCACGGUCGGGGUGGUCGCAGCCGAGAGGGUCGGAAUGGCGAUCGUUCCAACGGCGAUGUGUCUUUGAGACUGGAGGGCGACAAGCACGAUCAGCCCUCGCAGUCUAAGAGGCGGGAUGAACGCCUUCCAGACCAUGGAUCCAGGCCAAGGAGGCGAGAAAGCGCAGACAGGCAUGAUAGAGAACCUGGACCUGGGAGGCAGGAGACUGUGAGACAGCACGAUCGUGAUUCUCGGCCAGCGAGGCAGGAGAACGAAAGUCGGCACAGCCAUGAGAGUCGGUCGAGGAGGCGGGAUGAGGCUCCUCUAGACCAGGGACGACGACUCAAACGGCAGGAAAACCAGGGCGCACGAGACCAAGGGACCUGGACAAAGAGGCAGGAAGUUAGGGAUGAGCAUGAUCAGGAAACCCAGCGUUUGAGCCAGGAUGUCAACAUGCGUGGCCAGGGGCAGCGGUCGAAGCGGCCAGAGGUGAAAGGUGCACAAGUCCAGGACAGGCCAAAGAGGCACGACAGUGAGAGUAGACAAGACCGAGAGUCCAGACCGAAGAGACAGGAGGGUGAGAACAGGCAAGGCCAGGAGGCCCGGCCCAGGAGGCAGGAUCAUGAGAGGCUACAUAGUCAGGAGUCCCACCCACAGAGGCCAGAUGAGGAGGAUGCUCAGAACCGAGGAGGUCGAUCAAGGAGUUCGCGUGGCAAAAAGGGGCUAAGGGUGCCAAGCGAAGGUGGAGAAGGAGGCAAGGAGGAGAGAGGGAGGGGCCAGAGGCCAGUGUCUGCCGAAGCAGGAGCAAGGCCGAUGUCCCAACAUGCCUCCCAACAGGGCCCACAGGUGGGGAGAAGCAGCAGCAGUGCUGGCGGCGACAGUGGUGGGCGGCGCAUACGGGGGAGGGGCGGAGAAGGGCCCCGAGGCGACAAAGAGAUGGCCAAUGAUGGUGCUGAGGCUGGACAGAAAGUCAGGCCACAUGUUUUGGAGCAGCAUAAUUCCCAUGUUGAGGGUGCCAACCAGAAGGACAGUGCUGAAGGUGGUCGUGGAAGGUGGCCACGGACGCAGCGGAAGAAACCUGAGCACGAACAGGGCGAUCGCGGGGGGUGCAUGGAAAGCGGUGAUGGGCGUGAGGCAGGACACGUUGCUGGACACGGCCAAGAGGGGGCACUGCAGGGACAGCAGACAGUUGCCAGGGCACGAGACACCUCGGAGCAAAGGAAGAAGAGGCGGUCAAAGACGACUGCUUCUGGGUCUAGGACUGUUGCAGGUAUCCAGGAACAAUCAGCAUCAACCAGUCAGAGGACACCCCCCCUCACAACAGAUGUUGCCAAGCAUGCUCAAAAAGGUUGUGAAGAUGGCAAGGGACAUCGCAGCGGAGCUAUGGAGGGGAGUCUCAAGGACUCAGCCCCUCAGACGUCGUCUUCAUCGGGUUUCCAAAAUGCACCUGCGGCGAACACAGUGGCAAAGGCACCACCUUGCGAUCCACCAUCCAGCAUUACCAUGCCACCACGUCCCAGCAUGGAUCUUGCUUCUGUGGCUGGAGGGCUUGAAGCCCAGCAUGCAAAUGAGCCUCCCAUUCAGUUUGGGCAGUUCGGAGGAGCAAUGAGCGGGAUGCUGUAUGGCAUAGCGGGCCCCUUCAGUGCACCCCCUGGCCAGUUUGGCCAAGAUGUGACGCCAGGCAUCGUGAAGCCUGCCCAAGGCACGCCGCCGGGUCGGCCUGCAGCACCCAAGAUUGUGGCUUCAGGGAUGGAGAUGGCAACGACAGGGGAAGGCGUUCAAUGCCUUCCCCAGGAGCUGCUGGCCGAGACCACCAUUGGCUCUGGCGAGGUGGUGGGCGAGGGCCAGUCCAUGCGCUCCGACCGUCAGAAGGGGAGAAUGCCCGUGGAUGCCACCAGCACUGUGCUGCCUGACACCCUGUUCCAAGGCGAGGCGGACACAGCGUCCAGUGGGCCAACCACGAGUGGCAAUGGAGGCUUUGGGGCGAAUCAGAGAGGCCAGGGGCGAGGGAGAGGUCGGGGGCGCCGCGGCGCACACAAGCGCAAACCUUCCCGUGGGUCCGGUCGUGGCUCUGGGCCUGACGGUGGGGCUGGUGAGGACAGUCAGGGAGGGCGUGGCAGGGUUAGGGAGGAGGAGAGGGGCAGGGGAAGGGGCGCAUCGCAGGGCCACGGGCGUGGCAUGGUGUCCAGGGGCCGGGGCGGUAGGGGAGGCAGGGGGAGGGGGGGCGGAGGUGAUGGAGACGGAGGAGGGCGGGAGCAACCUGCCACUGGGGAGCGGAAUGCCGAGAAAUCGCGGCAGGAGUGGGUGCCAAAGGGCCGGUAG